UUCACCAAUCAAUUAACUUUGUGCCUUCUCAAGAUGCAACAGAACCAAUAAUUUCCCAAAUUUAUUCAAUUUUAAAUUCAACAAAUUUAACAAAUAAAGGAAUGUCUCUACUCUCACCACGUCUUCUUUCUCUUUUUCCUUCUAAAAAAUUAAAAAGACCAGAAUUUCUUUCACCAGAAUUAUUUAGCUUUUCUGGCGAUGGAAUUCUUCCUUUACCUAAGCUUUUCCAGAUUUUGUCACCAAAUAAAGAUUCUAGAGAACCUAUGGAAUGGAUUGAUUUUAUACUUGAAAUUAGCGGUGCUGGGAAACAAUUGGAACAAUUAUUAAAAAAUCCAGAAAUUAAAUAUUUUAAUCAAAAAAUUUGGCCAGUAAUUCAAUUAGUUAAACAAAAAGAAGAAUUAUGGGAAAGAUUGGAAAAAAGUUUUAAUUAUAAACAGAGGAGAGAAUUGUCAGAUAAAGGAUUUAUUAAUUUGGAAAGAUGGCAAUUGGAAAUGUUUUUUGGUAAAGAAUUUAAAGAAAAUGAGUGGAUAAAUAAUUCUAACAAUAGAUUAGAAGAAAAAAUAAAACUAUUGGCUAGUUUGAAAAAUAAGGAGGAAGAAGAGAGUGAUUAUAAAAAUUAUUUGGGUGUAAAAAGGAGGAGGAGAAGGAGAGAAUCAAAUAAUUUAAAAAGAGGCAUUAUCGAUGGUGGUGGCAGUUCUCAUGAAUUUCCAGAUCCAAUAGUUCCUCUGCCUCCUCUUCCUCCCCCCUUACCUCUUCCCUCUCCUCUUCCUUUACCAGAACCUUUUCCUCCCCCACUACCCCCUCCACUUCCACUACCACUUCCAGAACCUCUUCCCCCACUUCCCCCUCCUCUUCCUUUACCUCAACCUACCCCUGUUUUCAUCCCCGUUCGACCACCUCCCCCACCAUUUGGAGGCUCUACAGUAAUUGGAGGUAUAGACAGCAAUGGAGAUCAAUUCUUAACCCCAUGGGGAAGAUCUCCCGAUACAGAAGUAAAUAUUGCUACAGUCCCAAGAAAUGUGCUUUUGUCUCCUUGGGCUUUUCAGAACAGAUUUGGAGGUGUUAUACUUGAAGGCGUAAGUUACCUUAUUUUAUCAUCAUACUUCAACAAAUACCGUAUUUCCUAA